GACAAUUGUCAUCGAUUGCAAAUUAAAAGUAGCACCAUCGUUGGUCUAUCGUUGUUGGCGCACAUCGAGAACGAAAAUGUCGGAAAACGGGAUCGACUUUAACGUCGGGGUCAUAUUACCAGCUGGUGGAACAGGGGAAAGAAUGGGUUUACACCAGCCUAAACAAUAUAGUGUUAUCUGGGAUCAACCAUUGAUGUAUUAUACAGUCGAAGGAUUCCACAGGUUAUCAUGGAUAAAGUAUAUUAUUGUUGUGGUGUCAAAGGAUUAUGUUCACUGGAUGGAAGAAUUUGUAACGAAAUAUAGUUUUUCUAAAGUCCAUGUUGCUGUUGGGGCAGACACAAGGCAUCGUUCCAUUUAUAACGGAAUAAAGAUGGUAGAAACAGUUUGUCCUAAGCCAGAUAUUGUUUUGAUCCAUGAUGCUGUGAGGAUAUUUGCGGAGGAAGAAUUGGUGAAACAGAUUGCACUUUCAGCUAAAUUACAUGGGGCAGCUGGUGUAACUAGACCGUUGGUGUCUACAGUAGUUGCUGUUGGUCCAGACAAACAUCUAGCUAAAUCAUUAGAUAGAAGUUUAUAUAGAUGUAGUGAAAUGCCACAAGCUUUCCAAUAUAACCUCAUUACAAAUGCAUAUAAUAAGUGUACUGAAGAUGAUUUUUUAUAUGGAACAGAAUGUUUGCUACUCGCUUUGAAAUAUUCCAAUGUAAAAGCUCACAUAAUCGAAGGAAAUGCUUCUUUAUGGAAGGUUACCCAUAAAAGAGAUUUAUAUGCAGCAGAAGGUAUACUAAAAGAAAAAUUAAAUAUGACAUAUCUAGUUAAUAUGAAACAUGAUACCAAACUAUGCUCAAUUUUCAAAAAGCAUUUCAAAGACAAAUAUUUAAAGACCAUUGUUUCAACUCUAGAUAAAGUUGUUUUUGAAAAUUCUUUGUUAAAUACAAUUGUUGAUUUUGUGGAUAAAGACAGAUUAUUACAAGAUAAUAUACUAGAGAUAUAUCGAAACAUAUUCUCAACAACACUUUCUCAUAUCAAAAUGAUAGUCCUCAUUUGUCAAGUAGAAGCAAAUAACGAAAUCCUACAGAUAUUUCCAAAAGUUUCUGAGAAGUGUCGAGACCAUGCCAAAUAUUUGCUACAGAAUCACAAGACCAUAUUGAAUGUCAUCUUAACAGUAGAAAAUGAAGAAGAAACUCUUGGCCAGAUGUGUGCUGAUAUAGUAUGGAACAGAAGCAAAUCUCUAAAUGGACAAACUUUCAUUUUAAAUUGAUAAUAUUUUUUUUUUUUUUUUAAAAAGGGAAAGAAUGAUAUGCAUUUACUUAGGAGGACAGAAGUGAACUUUUCAAUUUCUGACCUCAUGCUAAAACCUGUUAAUUCUUAUGGUGGCAGUGUGGUUGCCCAGGAAAACAGUAAUUCAGUUGGGUUUUUGAGAAAGCCUUCAUACUUGUAUAGUACUGCUACUACUGCACUCUUUAAUCCCAGCUUUCACCCCCGCCCUGACUAUUGAUAAUUAUUCAUGAACAAUUUGAAUUAUUUAUGAAUUUUUAUACUGCUGUGGAUUUAGUAAUCCUUUCGCACACAAACUAUUAUUUUUGGAGUGCUCAGACUCUUUUUAAAACUAUUAAAAGGACAGUCAUUUACCGACUUCUAACUCUGUUUUUUGAGGCGCCACACCUCCAUUCAUACGCUUUUGCGACUUUCUUUAGAAUUAGGUUAACUAAAAGUUUUGAUAAUAAAAAUACAAAAAAUAUUAAUAUUUAAGCAUAAUAGGGCUAGUCUUAUAUACACAGGGUGAUAUGGCAAAGAAUAAAUGUUUAUAGCAUUUAACACUGACGGUGAAGUUAAAAAAGAAAAACACAACCAUUUUAAAGGUUAAUAUCACUGCCAUAUACAAAUGUAUAAUAUAUGUACAGUACUGACUAACUAGUACUUGGAUGUUUAUACACCUGCAUUGAAAUGUCAUAUAUUCUCGCCACCCCCUUCAGCUGGUCCCUCCAAAGCAUCCUAUUGAUUUUAAAUGGUUUCCAAUAAUAUUACUGGAUCCAAAAAGUAGUUCCUUUUUAAUUGACCAAUCAAAUUCAUGUAAAGUGAUAUCUUCUAAGGAGAUAUCGCUCAGUAGAUUAUGAAAGUUAUCACACAAGUGAUGUCUACUGUAGAAUGUGUCAUUGGGUGAUAAAUGUCUCCAUAAGUUUUUAGUGUUUUGUAAAUGCUCCCAUUACCUACAAAAGAAUAAAUAUCGCAGAACCCUUGUAGACUGUUCUGUGGACAUGUUUCGCUGCCUGGCAACCCAUCGUUCCUAUGAAUGUCACUGCCUAAUGUAAAAUGUUUGCCAUGUAUUGACUAAAAAAAAUACUCAUUCUUAUCUUCAAUCUACCUGUUAUUUUACUAUUUACUGCAUGAAUUGAGUAGAACAAUGAUUGUUAUCAAUAUAUGUAUUUUUCUUUGAACUUUUACAUGGUUAUAUAACUUUAGAUUUAUAUACAGAUUUAUAUUUACAUAUAAUAAAACUUUAUA